CAGCGAGCAGCCACGUAAACAGAGCUGCUAGCUGCCUCUUCUCUCUGCUAAGUGUCACAUCUGCUCUACUUCAGAUGUACAAAUGAUGCAACACUCGUUUAGGGCUUCAGUGAGUUUGCCAGAGCUGUAAGAUGUCGAUGGUGUUGUUCGCCUCGGUGGUGCGGGUCGGGGAUGGCCUGCCUCUCUCUGCAUCCACUGACUACGAGCAGGACAAAGAGCUUCAGGAAACCAAGAAGAACAUCAAGGGGCUCUCCAAGAAACUCGGCCAGUUCCCUGACCGCUGCACGCUGAAGGCUGGACCAUUCAAUGUCAAUUUUACUAGCGCGCUGGGUGUCGGAUACUUGAUGGUGUGCACCGCCAGCUACCCCAACGUGCUCGCCUUCUGCUUCCUGGACGAGCUGCAGAAGGAGUUCAUCGUCACCUAUGACCCAAAGCGAAUCAAAAACGCCGUGCGGCCGUACUCCUUCAUUGAAUUCGACACCUUCAUCCAGAAGACGAAGCAGCGCUACAACAGCCCGCGCUCGCUCUCCACCAAGAUCAACCUGUCCGACAUGCAGACGGAGAUCAAGCUGCGGCCGCCGUACCAGCUCUCUGCGGACGACCUGCGCAGCGUCAACGGGUUCUCGCCGCACAAAUCCUCCAAAUACGAAGGCAUCGCUCCCACACAGAUGCUGGACCCGGUGACGCUCCCCGGCAUCGUCUCCUGUGUGCUCAGCGUCCUCUGUGGGGGCCUCAACCUGCUGCGGGGGGUGCACGCUAUAGAGAGCAUAAUGCAGAACGACGACGAGGACUUUAAUUAUGUGAUUGCCUUCUUCCUGGGCACAGCAGCCUGUCUGUAUCAGUGCUUCCUGUUUGCCUACUUCUCCGUCUGGAGGAACAGUAAGUCCUUCCUGGCGUUUGCACUCAUCUGCCUGUCCAACAUGUAUCUGUAUGAACUGAGGAACAUGUGGCAGAUCCUCUUCCACGUGGCGGUGGGCGCCUUCAUGACCCUGCAGAUCAGACUGAGGCAGCCGCAGGGCAAAGCGCCGGACUACAACGUCUGACCAAGACCCGAGACACUGAGAACCAGUCUUCCGUCAGAUGUCCUUUGGAACACAGCGGAGGCAGCACUGCGCACACACAAACAAUCCUCCACGUUCAGGAAGGGGAACCAGGACAAACAGCUGCACCAGUGCACUGAUCUCAGAGAGGAUUUGGAGGAGUUCUGCCUGAACCCUUCAUGGAGGUUAUGGGUUAAUUUGGGAAGGCGUCACACCCCCACCAUUGUCUGAUCAAAUGAUUUGCUUUGACUUCCUUUCAAUGCAGCCAGGAGUUGAAUCCGAGUCCUGCAUGUGUCCAAACUCCUCCUUCUCCUCCUGCACCCCCACUCCUGUUCUGCACACAUGCAGAGGUGUAUCCAGAGGUUUUAGAGCUCAUCUGAUGUAGUUUUAUCAGAAGAAGUUUCAAUUCUCCACUAGGUUUUAACUUACAGGGAACUUGCCGAGGUGUUUUGGUGCAUAAAAUAACAAAUACACAUAUAAGAUGGAAUGAAAAUAGAAGUUCAGUGAUGAAAAAACUCAUGAGCAUAAAUGUAGAAUUUUAAAUUCAAACACAUUCAUGAGCGCUUCAGAAACUCCCGCUACGGACACAUUAAUGUUCAAUAUCCAGUCCUAAGGUAACCCUAGACGCAUGAUGGACAGGUGAAAUUAAACACCUUGAAAUCUCUCAUUUUUGUUUACAUUUAGGGCUCAUUAUUACCUCCUUAUCUCCUCCUGUUACAUUCACUCACGUACUCGACGCGGUGCAGGACUCUGGUUUAGAUCUUGGUUUUAAACUAUGCAAUGCUGCCUUGUGUAUGUCUGUGUGUGUUAGUGUGUGUGCGUGUGUGUGUGUGCGUGUGCGCGUGGUCCUCAUCUCAGUAUUGUUGUGUUCAGGAGCCAAUGCCAGUAUUGUUUUCCAGAUGUGUCAUUUUUUGCUAUUUAUUAACCGACUGAUUCAGUGACAUGUGGUCGAGGUGUGUGAUGUUGGAUGACUUGUUCAGUUUUCCUGAAGCACCUCCUGCUCCAGUUUACACACAAACAGUCUGCAGGCACUCGAGUGUGAGCGCACACACGUGUCAAGUGUUCAUAAACAGGUCUGGGACGCAGAGCUGUGUUUUCCAGGCCAGAGGCAGCUCAGAGCAUCUGAUCAGCCUGUGGCUUGAUCCUCUUCGAGAUCCUUUGGGUCGGAAAUGGUUUGCCAACACUCUGAGACUAAAAACUGAGUCUCUCCCCCUCUGCCUGUGUGAUGCAUACUAUCACAGCACUCACUCUCAGUCUAUUAAAGGGGCUCUAUUGUGCUUUCCUUUAGUGUGUUAUACAGGUUUUAAUGCAUGUAAAUGGUCUGCAAAGGCUAACAUCUCAAAGUUCCCUCCUUCCAAACGCCUCCGUUAGACUCCUUUGUUUACUUCCGGAUCAUAGUGACGUCAUUAUGUAAAACACGCGCUUCUAUUGGCUAGCGCUCUAACACAUUGGACGAUAGGCUAAGGGGCAGGACAUCUCUAAUCACCAACCACUCAGAGCAGA